AACGACUACGACCUGCCGCUGAAAGGAUUCUCAACAGUCGAAUUAUACGUUCAAGGUUUGAUUAUUGUAAUAAUUAAACGUAUUAUAUAUAGGAAGUGUGAGUCGUUUAGUGCAUUUUGGACGUGAAAAUGAAUCCAGAGAAAAGAAAGGCGUUAAUGCUAUCGCAUUUCGGAAAAACCAAUAAGGACUUGGAAGAAGAUGUUAAGUUGAUUAAAGAGUGGUUGAAGACUCAACCUCAUCUACCCGAAAUUCCAAGCGAUCACAUGAUUGCUUCUUUUAUAUGGAUUAAUAAAUUUAGUUUGGAAAAAACGAAGCAAAGAAUUGAUUUGUACUACACAAAUAGAUCAACUAUGCCGUAUGUAUUCCAAUUUGCAAAUCCAAAAAGUCAAUUUAUGAAAACAUCUGCUGAAUCAAGAUAUUUUUUCGUAUUACCUAAGCUGGUAGACGAUAGUUAUCGCGUAACGGUUAUGAAAAUAAAAGAUUGUAUUCCCAAUGACUUUGAUGUAAAUGGAUGGCUUGCAGAAGUCCUAAAUAGCAUUGAGAUAACACUUAGAGAAGACGAUAAUUUAGUUUUGGGCACCAUUUUACUGUGUGACCAGCAAUAUUUCAAAAUGGACCAUUUAUUGAGAUUUACUCCAACCGUCAUAAGAGACAGUAUAUUAAUUAUAGAGAAACUAUUAAACAGCAGAAUAAAGCAGUUUCACUUUUUUAACUGCCCGUCAUAUGUAGACCUGUUAUUCAAACUAUGUAAACAAUUUCUUAAACCAAAAUUAUAUGAAAGGAUUCGGAUACACAAAUCUACGGACACAUUGUUGGACUAUAUUCCGGCUGAAGUAUUACCCAGCGAUUAUGGUGGUAAAGAAAAAUCUGUUGAGGAGCUACAGAAAGAUUGGAACGCAAAGCUAGCAGAAUACCAAGAAGUGUUUGACCAACGGGAUGGACUAAAAGUGAACGAAAGUCUUCGUCCCACUCCAUUGGAGAAUGCAGAAGCUUAUGGAGUUCAAGGCACGUUUAAAAACCUGUCCGUUGAUUAAUAUUCUGUUAAUUUAAAAAUAAAUUGUGAUUAAACAAUUGUAUUAUAUUUGUUAGAAAUAAAUAAAAUAAUUUAAGUCUA